UAAAUAUACACAAAUGCUUAUGUAAGAUCUAAUUCUAUGUGAUGGUAAGUUGUUUAUGAAUUUCGUUAAUAACAGAUAUGAUUAUUAGUGGUCGAAACUCAUGACCGUGUCUCGGUUACUGCAGUGCCCUAUGCCCUCACUCGUGUUUUCGUUUUCAUGGAGGAAAAUUCAAAUAUGGAAGGUUCUACUUUUCAAUUCAAACGGCCUUGACAGAUUUGAAUUGGUUUUAGAUUUGUUUCGUCAAUGAGUUAAUAACUUUAAGCAUUAUUAUAAAACACGCCUCCUUCUAAUAAUUAGGAUAUUGCAAGUUAUUUAGCUUUAGUUGUUAUGUUUAUUUAAAUUUAACUGACAACCUACAAACAAAUAUUAAUGAGCGCCCGAUCGUCAAAACAAGAUGUCGGUGCGCUAGUCGCUAAAAAUACGUUGUUGAAGUAAGGCUAGGGACCCGUAUCACUUUUAGCAGUACCGGUACUCAAGUUCUGUUUCGUGUUAACAAUUUUGUGUAUCCAAUCGUAUAACUUGGUUUUGGCAGCGCGCUCUUUUAAACAGUAUGAAGUAAUUUAGUUUUACCGAUUAUAAAAUAAUUUCCAACAGCAACAUGAAGAAAAAGUGCAGCUAAGUCCAUUUUUUAGGUUAGGCUUAGUCUUAAAAGUUAGGUUAGCAGUUUUGUUUAGACUUUGUAUUUGUAGUGUCAAGAUUUUUAAACAAGAACUGAAAAAAGCUUUCAUUGAGUUUGCCGUAAGUUGUGCUCUAUAAUGUUAGAUAUUUACGUCUGUGUUGUUAAAAAAAUGUUUUAAUGUUACAGAGUAUUAGUAUUAGUUUUUAAAUUUAGAGACUGGAAUCAAAGGCAGCAACAGCAAUGCCCAUGAAUGAAUUGAAUGAAGUAUGAAUGAUCUAUUCACACCUAGUCACCUAGGACUAGUAGCAUGUAAUGUUUAGUUAUUUUAGUGAGUGUUUGGCCUAUUUAUAGACCUGGGCCUUGAUUGAAAGUAUUUAAACUUUAUGUUGGUCUUACUAUAGUUAUAAGUUAUAGACUUUUAUAUUAUAUAAAUUAUAUAAUUUAUGUAAAUUGGCCUUUAUUUAGUUAUUAUUCAUUUAUAUAGUUACAGUCAGUGUCUACAGAUGGCCACAGUAGGCCUAUAAUAGCCUCAGCCUAUUAUUAAGUAUUAGUAUUAUAAUUAGUAUUAGUAUUAGGCCUAUUCUAAGUAAUGUAUAACUAUGAAUCAAAUUAAUCAUUACUCAAAUUUCAGAAUCAGAUGGUUAGUUUUCUUGUAACUUCUGAUAAAAAGGCAAAAUUCACAUUUCAUAUUCAUUUUGGUACCGCAGUCUGAUUCCCUGUUUUUGUAGGUUACAAUUAGGCCCUAUGCCGGGCCGGGCCCUAUGCCUAAUAUGCCUGGGCUAAAACCGAGGACGGCUGCCACGGUGUCUUUUGUGUCUUUAUUAUAGUUGCAGUGAAUUAGGGUUUAGGUUAGGUUUAGGGAUCGAUUUAGGGUUCAGGUUAGGCAUAGGGAUCGAUUUAGGGAUACAUUCGUGCAUUUCGAUUAAAAAAGUGGCAGGCGUCCCCAUUUUUAACCUAUGCCUGUACUAAUUUCAGUAUCAUGAAUGAAAGGAUUAUGCUGCAGAUUUUUAAAUUGUUAAAUAUUUAGUGAAGAGAAACUAAAUUGUUAGCUACAUAUUUUGAAUGGGCCUACCUUAUAUUACUUAUAAUUAUAAGAAUCACCACAGCUUUAGUUUAAGUUUAAAUUGUUAGACAUUUGACAUCAUUUGUUGAUUUUUGUGUGUUUAAGAAAAUGGAGUUAUGAGCAUGCAGUAUGAGUGGUAGACCAUUACUAAUACUACAUUUACUUGAAGUGUGAGGAGGUGAAAUAAUCCCUGAAAAUUUGUUAUAAUAAUAAUAUAUUCAUUUUAUAUUUGCAGGUUUGAAUUUGGAUACACUGAGACUCAAUAAAAUUUGGUAAUAUUGUAUAUAUACCAAGAAUCAACAUGGAUUUCUCUUCAGAUCGGUCUCACGACCCUCUUCUGUUUCUAAAUACAGACAAAAAUGAGUUGGAUGCAUUCCUUAUGAACACUAGUGCUGAAAUGGUUGAUGAACUACAUGGUAAUGUUUCUGAUGUCAAAAUGGAGAACAGUCUUGACCUCGAUUCACUUGAAGCCAAUGGCCAACUUGGUGAUAUGACAUGGCUGCACAAUUCCUCCCUCUCAACCCUUGCUCAUUUAGACAGUGAUGACACUUCAGAUGGUACAAAUAUGAUUACUGUUAACCCCCAGUCCGUUCUACCUAUGCAGAUUAUACAAAACGAUAAGACUGAAAACCUCCUUUCGUCAGAAAGUGCAAACAGUGCUGCAAUGCGUCUGCAUGCCAACUGCAGCAAUCUCAUGAACUCACCUGAAAAUCAAACUCAUUCCAUACAGCAGCAGCCGACUCCUCAGCUGUCUUCUCCCCAUGUUCUAAGACAAGACCACCCAACCAUUCGCAUUCUCUCUGUUGCUGGUAAUGGGAGUCCUCAAAACUCACCAGGGAAAACCCAAAAUUAUUUAAUAACUUCUUCUCGAAUAAAUUCACCACACAAGCAACAGACUUUUGUUCUUACUACUACGAACGGGACACUACCUGCAGGGCUCACAAUCACAACUUCACAUUCACCAAAUUGCUCAAAUACCUCUGGUGUACAACAAUAUGUUCUAUCGUCACCUCAAAAAAUUCAUGCAAUCACUGCAGACAAAAGUGGGAGAAUUCUUCUUAAAUCAGGAAAUAAUCUUCUUUCCCCUUCUCAAGCUUCCCCUGUCUUGCUGGGAAGGCUGCAGACUGGAGUACAGCCUCAGGUAUUUACCCAAAAAUAUACCUUACACAAACUUUUGUCUCAAAUUUAACAACCAAUAAUAUAUUUAUAUGGGAAGUAAAAAGGGAAAAUAGCCUAUCAGUUAAAGUUCAUGAAUAUAGUCCUAAGUUGUUGUUGUAGAAACCUAAGUUUCAAUUAACAAAAAUUUGUUCAUAAAUGUUUUGAAACACCAAUGGCUUUGAUGCAUAGUUUUACUAAGUGCUUAGAAUGGUUUAUUGGGCUAAUUUAACGAUGGUUGCCUUUAAAAAUUUUUUUUUAUACAUGAUAAGUUGAGAUGCCAUUAACAAAUUUAAUAAGUUAUGCAUUAUCAUUAUACUGCUUUUCUGUAAUACUAUUUUAUGAUACUUUUUGUAAAACAUCCUGAAAAAAAUAACAAACAAAUGUAAAUGGGUUAAACACGUAUAUUCAUUCAUUGGUUUUAAAAUAAUUUUUCAUUAAAACCAGCUUAUGAUCUUCUCCCCAGCAACUAUUCCAGAAUGUCCACCUGUCUGCUAGCAUGCCCACUUCAUCAGCUUCCUGCAACCAUUCCGAUUCUGCCACUGUUACUUCCACCACUAACUGUGAAGAAAGAACUUACCCUAAACCAGUUUUCUCUUACAGCUGUCUCAUAGCCUUAGCUCUCAAAAACAGCAAGAAUGGAAGUCUACCCGUUAGUGAAAUUUAUAACUUCAUGUGGUAAGUUUUAGGAACCCUUUUGUUUUCAUGUUAAAAACAAUUUUUUGUAAUAAUAUUUUGAAAAGACGAGGAUGAUGUUCAGUAAUAAUUUAUUUGCUAUUAAGCUAACUUAAAGUCUGUAGUAUAAUUUCCCUAUAAUGUGGUUUUUUAAUUUUAAAAAAUAUUUAAAUGAAGAGUAUUUGAGAUUGGAUUUUAUCACUUGGGUGAACUUUAUGAAUGGAAAAUCUUGGGAUUUUCAAGACAGUGAUCAUAUUCAAUUUAUAAAAAAAAUUAUAAUUUAUAUACAUUUAUUUUUUUAUCCAUAGUGAGAAUUUUCCAUAUUUCAAGACAGCCCCUGAUGGUUGGAAGGUAUGUUAAAUUUUUUUGUAGAACACUUUUUAAUAAAAUUUACAUGGUAUCGGGGUUUUCAGUUGGUAAAAUUAUUGUCAUGCUGAUAUUUAAAAUUAAAUACAUUUAUGGAGGAGUUGCCCUUAACACUAUAACUGUCACAACGACAGAUCACUAGCCGUUAUUCUCCUCUCUGUGGUGUCACAGCCGGUAAAAGCAAAAUUGUCACUAAAAUGCAAAUAUUUAAUAUAUAUUGGUUAGGUUAAGGGGAAAUUACUCUAUAUAAAUGAGUUUGCUUCCUAUUGCCAUUACUAUUUGUGUGUUAGCAUGCUUUUAUUAGGGAUUUUUGUGUGAUUAAUUGGGUGUGAACUUUUCUCAAGUGAAUUGACCACCAUAAUGUCUGAUGCCUGAGAGGGUUCCAUUCUAGAUUACAAAUUCAACACAGAAUUUCUACAUUGGAAUUAUUUAAAAUGGAUCAAAAUGAAAGCAAUGAUUUCAGAGAUAUGUUUUGACAAGCAUAAGAAUAUGCUGAAAAAUGGCUUGACGCUUGAGAAAAAUGUUCUUGGCAGUUAUGGGGUUCAAGGCCAGGCAAUGUUUCUUUAUAAUUGUGUUUGUUGCUAAUUUUUUAUGCAAAAUCCAGGGAACAGCUCUAUUUCAUUUCUUGACUGAUAAAACUAUUUAAAAAAAAUUGUCACAAAUAGAUGUUACAUUUGCUUAUCCUAGUCUUUUUUUAAGACUGUGUAUAGAGAUUAACUUAAGGGAACAGUUGCAAGUUUAAAAAAUUUAAAUGUUUCUUUCUUUUGUAACAGAUAAUCCAUGAACAUCGUAUCACAUUUCUUUUAUUUCAGAAUUCUGUUCGCCAUAAUCUUUCUUUAAACAAGUGUUUUGCAAAAGUUGACAAUCCUAAAUUGAGUCAAGGUGCCAAAAAAGGUUGUUUAUGGGCACUAAACCCAGCUAAAGUCACUAAAAUGGAAGAUGAGAUAUCUAAGUGGGGAAAGAAAGAUCCAGCUGGCUUGCUUAGCAGCAUGGCAUACCCAGGUCAGUAAGGUUUGAGAACUCAACAUUUGUCUUUUUAAAUUUAUUACACUUCAGAAAAUUGACAGAACUAACAAAGUAUCAGUGGACAGAUCCAGUUAAAAUUGUCACUGUCAAUUAUAUUCCAUUAUAUUCAAGAAUUUAAUAAUAAAGUAACUAGUCAUUCAUAUAUAUUUUAAACGUAAAAAUGUAUUUUCCUGACCUCAUUUCCAGUAAAAUUCAUUGAUACUUUGAUUUUUGUAGUUGUGUCAAGAUUGAAAUAAUUUCUAUGAUUGUUAUGCAUUUUGAUUCAGCUCUAUAAGUUACCAAAAAUGUUUAGUUCUACAAGCCACUUGAGCAAUAAAAUUUACAUUUAGCUUACUAUGUUUUAUUGAAGGAGUAUUAUAUUACAAGUAAGUCAUCUUUCAACAAAACUUAAAUACUUUUAAUUGUCUUUACUACAAACUUUGUCUGCCUUCCAUAAUUAAAUCUUUGUUGUUUUUUUUGUCUAUUGAAUCAAUAGAAAAUCUAGAAGCUAUAGAGAAAGGGCAAGCAGGAUUGCACUAUUCCAAAAAAAAGUCCCCAGACUCAUCCCCGUGCACACCACUCAGAGCUGAAGCCACUCCCACGAAAGCAGAGUAUUCCCCAAUCGUCAAGACUGAAUAUUCCCAGAUUAAAAUAGAGAAAUAUCAUCCUAAUAUCAGGAUAGAAAAAUCUGAGCCCCAUACUCCUAUCAAGGCGGAAUAUUCUCCAUCUUUUCAAAGAGACUAUACCCCUAUGCGAACAGACUAUGGAUCUCCAGCUCCUAAAAGUCACAGUCACUUGAAAAUGGAAAAUUCUGACCUUAACUACUUAGAAAUCCCAGUGUCAUUUAACAAUGAU